AGGAACGGCCACCUCCCCGGUCCACGGUCCAUCUCCACACAAACCCAAACAAGAUAAGCCGCAAACCACAUCAGCCGCCAUCGCCAAACCGCCUCCACCAUGAUGUCCCCGGCGGCCUCCUCAACGGCCACGGCCGCCGCCUUCCUCUCCGCGGCGCCCGCCUCCUCCUCCCCUUCCGCCGGACGCCGGCGCAGCCGCCUCUUCCGCCUCCCUGCCAUCUCCGCAUCCGUCUUGUCUUCCUCCGAGGAGCCGCUGCUGGUGCGUGCGGCGAGGGGCGAGGACGGUCUCCCGCGGCCGCCAGCGUGGAUGAUGAGGCAGGCGGGUCGGUACAUGGCGGAGUACCAGGCGCUGGCGAAGCGCCACCCUUCGUUCCGGGAGCGGUCCGAGAACACGGACCUCAUCGUCGAGAUCACACUGCAGCCCUGGCGCGCCUUCGCGCCCGACGGCGUCAUCCUGUUCUCGGACAUACUCACGCCGCUGCCGGCCAUCGGGGUGCCGUUCGAUAUCUCGGACUCCAAGGGCCCGGUGAUCCAGUCGCCCGUGCGGUCCGAGGAGCAGGUGAGGGAGCUCGCCCCCAUCGACCUCGAUAUGCUCCAGUUCGUCGGGGAGUCACUCAAGAUUCUGCGGAAUGAGAUUGAUGGAAAAGCUGCUUUGCUAGGAUUUGUGGGGGCCCCAUGGACAAUUGCAACUUAUGUUGUUGAAGGGGGGAUGACCAACACAUACACAAAUAUAAAGAGUAUGUGUCAUACAGCUCCAAAUGUCUUAAGGGGCCUUCUCUCUCACCUUGCACAAGCGAUAUCUGACUAUAUCAUUUUCCAAGUAAACUCUGGGGCUCAAUGUAUACAAAUAUUUGAUUCAUGGGGUGGGCAACUUCCACCUCAUGUGUGGGAACAUUGGUCAAAACCAUACAUCAAACAGAUUGUGAGUAGGAUUAAGAAAGAGUGCCCUCAUGUCCCACUUGUGUUGUAUAUAAAUGGAAAUGGAGGUUUACUUGAGCGCAUGAAGGACACAGGAGUUGAUGUUAUUGGGCUUGAUUGGACAGUGGACAUGGCUGAUGGAAGGAGGCGCCUUGGUAAUGGAAUUAGUGUACAAGGGAAUGUGGACCCAGCAUAUCUGUUUUCACCACUACCAGUACUGACUGAUGAAAUUCAUAGGGUUGUGAAAUCAGCUGGCCCAAAAGGUCAUAUACUUAACUUGGGCCAUGGUGUACUUCAAAAAACACCCGAAGAAGCUGUAGCACAUUUCUUUGAUGUCACAAGGAGCUUGAGAUAUGACACCAUUUUCCAAGGUUCUGUUGCUGAAGAAUUGCAGCCUGUUGCUUGACAAUGGCAAUGUCAUUCUCAUCUUUCAUCAAGUGGUCCAUUUGAUCUGUGGUGUAUCAUCCUAGAUUCCUAGUGUUGUCUGCAAGCUCAGUACCCUCUACCCUUCAAGAGCUACUCCGUUUCGCCGGAGCCUGGAUAUGUCUUGUAGAAAUAUCAACAGCAAAUUAAUGCAAUGUUAUUCAUUGUUUGUCAGUUUCAUUAUUCUUCUUCCCAAUAAGGAAUGCAUGCAAUUGCCCAUUUUCUUCUUUUAGAGUCUCUAGCGUGAUACUCCAGUUAGAAUGAAUCUCUUUCGGGAGGCGAAGCCUGGAUAUGUCUUGUAGAGAUAUCAACAGCAAAUUAAUGCAAUUUUAUUCAUUGUUUGUCAGUUUCA